CCUCCCAUCUCGCUUAGUUGGGACUAUUUAACCCACUUUACUGCGAUUCCACGCAUCCCCGCGAUCCCUUCCCUCGCGUUAGUGUGCAGUUGCAGUUCUGCACUCCACCUGACUGCUACUAAAAGAAUGAGAACAGUUGUCUCCUGUGCUGACCCGGUGAUCCAUCUGGUGCCUGUCCAUGGUGCUGAACCGGCAUCGUGAGUCUUUUUGCAGCUCCGGUUGCGAAAUCAUCCGAGUUGUAAGCGGUGCUCGAUAGAAGAAAUCCAACUGGACGCAUUUUGUUGCAGCAAAACAACUCAAAUGGAUGGACGACGCCAGGGACUGCUUAGGAAAUGAUAUAAUUUUAUACUGAAACAAUUUUCUGUAGUUGAAAGGACAUUUUCUUUUCAGUGUGAAGUCAUCUAAACUUGUUCCAAAUACCAAAUGGUAGUUUGAGGAGCACCCCUCGAUCGGUCAAGACAAUGGAGGCGUCCGCCAACGGCUCCAGUUUCGGCAUCGACUCGCUGCUGUCCCACAGGCCCGGAAGUCCGCUCUCCAAGGGGGACAGCCUGGCGGGGGAGUGCCGCUCGCCUCUGGAGUUCAGUCCGAGAUCCGACGUGGAGAGCGGCUGCUCGUCGCCGCCCUCGCCCAGGCGGGAGUGCGCGGACGAAGUGGCUCAGAGACAGGGACACGGUGUCGGCCUGCCGCCUCACCUCCAGCACGGCCCCGCCAUCUCGGCGGGGGCCCAGCAGAGGACCAUGACCUCGUCCUUCCUCAUCCGAGACAUUCUGGCGGACUGUAAGCCUCUGGCCGCCUGUGCGCCUUACUCUAGUAAUGGACAACCAACGCAAGAGGCCGGUAGGCUGGCUGCCAAGAUUGCCGACGACUUUAUGGAGAAAAUCCACAGUAACUCGUCGUCGGACAGCGAAUAUAAAGUGAAAGAGGAAGGGGACCGGGAAAUCUCCAGCAGCAGAGACAGCCCCCAAGUCCGACUCAAGAAACCCCGAAAGGCCCGGACGGCCUUCACGGACCACCAAUUGGCGCAACUGGAGCGCAGCUUUGAGCGCCAGAAGUACCUGAGUGUGCAGGACCGCAUGGAACUGGCCGCCUCACUAAACCUCACCGAUACGCAGGUCAAGACCUGGUACCAGAACCGAAGGACCAAAUGGAAGAGGCAGACCGCGGUGGGACUCGAACUCUUGGCCGAGGCCGGCAACUAUUCAGCUCUGCAACGGAUGUUUCCGUCGCCCUACUUCUACCCGCAGAGCCUGGUGUCCAACUUGGACCCGGGGGCGGCCCUUUACUUGUACAGGGGCCCUUCUGCGCCUCCGCCCAGCCUGCAGAGGCCCCUGGUGCCCCGCAUCCUACUGCACGGCCUGCAAGGAGGCAGCGAGCCUCCACCCCCGCCACCUCUGCCCCCCAUGUCUGGUGUACUCUCCCGGCCGGCCCAGCAGCGGUGAGCCGGUCAUUCGGACAGAACCAAAAAGAAGCAAAAGAGAGAGAGAGAGAGAGAGAGAAAAAAAACACGACUUAAUAUAAAAUAAAGGAACUUCUAUAGAAGCUUUUACGGUGCAACGCGACAUGAACAUUGAGGAGAGAACUUUUCGAGUCUUCGUGGAAGGAUCUCCUUUUUGGGGGAGGGCUGGGGUUAUUUAUGGCUUAUUUAUAUUUCUGUAUAAAGGAAAGGCUCUAAGUUAUGUUUUUAUUUAAACUCAUUCUUUAUUCUCGUAUGUUUUCUGUCAUUCUUUUAAAUGCCACAGAAUAUUAUCGUCCUUUCUUUCGAAAAUCCUGAUUUUAUUAUCAAACGAGGAGUGAACAUGUGAUUUUAAUUUUAAAUUCCAAAAGUUAACAUUUGAUUUCUUGUAAAUUAUUAAGUUGGCUUGACACCAAUCAUGUUCAAACGUCAAAAACUUGUAAAUAAGAAAAAAAUACAUUGCAAUCAACAGAGAUUUCUUGUUGUUGUUUUUUUUCCCAAUCCAUCAUCAAUCCGUUUUGUAGCAGUUGAUCAUUGCUACUGCCAAUUCAAAUAUACUUUACAGGUGUGAAAUUGAAAUAUAUAUUGACAACAUUUUUUUAAACAAUAUUGGAGAUUUAGAUCGAAAUAAAAUACCCAUUAAUUUAUAAGUUUUGCUUAUCAAGUCAAUUCACUCCUCACCUCUUAUUUUCAAUUAACCCUUCAACAAACCUUCUAAACGAUUGAAGCCGACAUCACCUUCAGGUAUACAAACAGCCUGUUGAUUUACUUUAAAUGUAUUUGAACAUGGUUGUGAUUUUUUUUUUUUUUUUUUAAUGUCAGUUCAUAUGAAACCGUAAUAACUUAACUGUUAUCCUCUCUUUUGGUGAACAAAAAUGUAACAUUGCAGAUGCGAGCUUGUGGAGUGGUUCUCGUUUCUCUUCACUUCCUCGAGUUACUUUUUGGUGAAAUUUACAGCAAACGGUAUAAGAAUGGUUGAUUUUAUGUACAAAAAAAUAAUAAUUUUAUAAAUGUGAAAAUAAAAGUCUUUCAUUUAAUCGUGUGACUAUACUUAUUUAGCUAUUUAAAUUCUCUAAAAUGCAUUCAUGGAACUCAGGA